GUUAGUGCUGCCCAGAGUGUCGCCAGGCAUCCCUGGAAGAGGAGGUGCAUUCAACUCAGAGAAGCAAGCAACAGGAGAGAAAAGUUAGCCUCACUGUGGUGUGCCUGUGUAUCUUAGUGUUUGCCUUAUGCUCUUUCAGCAGGCAGAGUAAGGAUCCUUGCCAAAUCUGGAGCUCAUCUGAAAUGCAUUAAACCCUGGAGAAGAACGAUCCUCUGUAAUCUCGCUGCGUUGGCGCUCCACGGAGGGUUCCUAUUUGCUGUCAGAGGUACACCCUUACAUGUAGCAGCAGCUCCUCCAAGAGACUGUUUUUGUCUCCUCAAGUCAAAAUAUUUUCCAAGCUCCAGAGGGCAAGACUGAGAGAGAGGGAGUGAUCAAGGUGCUUGAAGAAAUCUGUGCUUUCUCCAUAAUAACUUGGGGACAAAAGUUAUCAGCGUGAGGGCUGUUUUCAAAGGGGAAGAUCCAGACUUCAAACGAAACAUCAGCCCUAUCGUUCCUCUCAGCGUGUGCCGAGGAGGUUUCAAGGACAAGUGAGCAGCAUUCACAUAAAUACAGGAAACACCUGAAGGUUUUCCAAGGUUCAUCCACAGGAAAUACAGCUCCAAACAACAGACACACCCUGACACUGAUUUUUGUAAGAAGCUCCCUAUCAGCUUGUUAGUCAAUCAACAUGUCACGCUGGGGGCGAAAAAAUGUGAAGAAGGCACCAGAGGUGAUCCGCACUGUGACAGAAGGGCUAAAGUCCUUGUACCGUAAGAAGCUGCUGCCUCUGGAGCAGUACUACGGUUUCCAUGACUUCCACUCUCCCAGUCUGGAGGAUGCAGACUUUGAUAACAAGCCUAUGGUGUUGGUAGUGGGACAAUACUCCACUGGAAAGACAACGUUCAUCAAGUAUCUACUGGAGCAGGAUAUACCUGGAAGCAGAGUGGGACCUGAACCCACCACUGACUGCUUCACUGCUAUCAUGCAUGGGGAGGUGGAGGGCGUCAUCCCAGGGAAUGCCCUUAUUGUAGACCCCAACAAACCAUUCCGUAAACUCAACCCAUUUGGAAACACCUUCCUUAACAGGUUCCAGUGUGCCCAGAUGCCCAACCAGGUCCUGGAGAGUAUCAGCAUUAUUGACACACCGGGGAUCCUGUCUGGCGCUAAGCAGAGAGUGAGCCGAGGUGAGACAGGUGGCAAACGUGGCAAAGGCUAUGACUUCCCAGCUGUGCUGCGCUGGUUUGCGGAGCGUGUGGACCGUAUCAUCCUGCUGUUUGACGCUCAUAAACUCGAGAUAUCAGACGAGUUCUCUGAGGCCAUUGGUGCCCUGAAAGGUAACGAGGACAAGCUGCGCGUGGUGCUCAACAAGGCAGACAUGGUGGGCACCCAGCAGCUGAUGCGGGUGUACGGUGCACUCAUGUGGUCCCUGGGAAAGGUGUUUGGCACCCCGGAGGUUCUGCGGGUCUACAUUGGCUCCUUCUGGUCAGAGCCACUGAUGGUUACAGACAACCGUAAGCUGUUUGAGCUGGAGGAGGAGGAUCUGUUUGCUGACAUCCAAAACCUUCCUCGCAAUGCAGCUCUACGCAAGCUCAAUGACCUGGUGAAGAGGGCACGUCUGGUUAGGGUCCAUGCCCACAUCAUCAGUUAUCUGAAGCAGGAGAUGCCCUCUGUCUUCAGGAAGGACAAUAAAAAGAAGAAUCUGAUCUACCAGCUGCCAGUUAUUUUCUCUAAGAUCCAGCUGCAGCACAACAUUUCUGCUGGAGACUUCCCAGAUUGUGCUAAGAUGCAGGAACAACUGAUGGUUCAUGAUUUCACCAAGUUCAAAACCUUGAAGCCCAAUCUGAUGGCAGCCUUGGAUGAGUUGCUCUCUGCUGACAUUGCCAAACUGAUGCCCCUCCUGCGGCAAGAGGAGCUGGAAGCAGGUGAGCAGCCAGGUGUGCAGGGUGGAGCCUUCCUUGGGACCCGUGCCGGACCGUUCAGUGAGGGGGACCCCUUUGCUGAGGAGAACGGAGAGAGAUGUGAGGAAGAGGAGGAUUGGGUGGUGACCAAAGACAAACCCAAAUAUGAUGAAAUCUUCUAUAACCUCGCUCCCAAUGAGGGGAAACUAAGUGGCACCAAGGCUAAGGACUGGAUGGUGAGCUCCCGCCUACCCAACUCGGUGCUGGGUCGCAUCUGGAAGCUGUCGGAUCUGGACCAUGAUGGCAUGCUGGAUGAUGAAGAAUUUGCUCUGGCCAGCCACCUGAUUGAGGUCAAGCUGGAGGGCCACGGUCUACCCCCUGAGCUUCCCGCACGUCUGAUCCCGCCCUCCAAACGCAGGCAGAAGGGUUCUGAUGCAUAGACAUGUCACAAAGUCCCUGGAGCUGAGAGAGACUCUUCUCUACAAGCUAUCACACUUAUGCUACUGUUUGUAUUUGUUCUUUUUCCCCCCAGACCCAAGUCAAAAUGUUGUAUGUAAUAUGUUCAACUUUUCCUCUGAGACUAAUUUUGGUCUUGCUCGAUGGAACAUGCUGUAUUAAAGUGUAAAUCAAUCCUUGAAGACUAUAGGGCUCACUGCAAAACAUUGUGUAUUAAGAAGUCACAAGGGUCUGGCUGCUUCUUCCCUUUGGCUCCUCAAAUUUAGCUUUUUAUGUUGAGCUUUAAAAAUAUAUCUAGUUGUGUUUGCUGAGCAGAAGUAAAUAAAGGCUGAUGAGCCGUAUUCAGCGUUUAUUUUACCCAAUACAGAGCAACACAACGAAUUCAGCAUUCCUUCAGUGACCAGAUUGGAGCGGCACAGUGUUAUCUAGGUGAUAAUUUGUAGGAGUAUGCCAUUUUCCAGUCUGGACAUUCCAGUGAGGGUAUCUGCAUUUAUUUACAAAGACUUAUAUUGCUCAAACGUUUUGUUUAUAGCAUUUUAAACUCAAACUGGCAGCACAAAUCUAAUAACCUGAAUGCAUUUCACUUUGAUGCUUUACGUGACACCAUUUUGUGCAUACACUUUAUAUAUUAUUUUUGUAACUGUUGCUGUUGUUUUGUAUGUGCAGGAGCAAGACCUCAGUUUUAUAAAAGAACAUGACAUUCUGAGAUAAACUUUUCAACUAGACUGAAUGAUUGAUAGAUUACUGACUACUGUACACAGCUCCACCAGUUGUUCUUAUGUUAACUGUUACAAUAACCAAAUAAAAUCCCCUGACUGUG